AUGGGGGCGGGGAAGGAGGCUCCCGGCGCCGUCGAGAGCGCCGCCGAGCCGCCGCCGCCGGUCGUGCUCAAGAUGGUCUUGCAUUGCGCCGGCUGCGCCAAGAAGGUCCGCAACAGCAUCAAGAGCAUGCCCGGUGUGCAGUCGGUGGUGGCCGACGCGGCGGCGAACAGGGUCGUCGUGGCGGGGACGGCCGACGCGGCCGCGCUCAAGGCGCGGAUCGAGUCCCGGACCAAGAAGCCCGUCGAGAUCGUCUCCUCCGGCGCCGGCCCCGGCCCGGCCAAGCCCGCAGCAGCCCCCGCCGCGGCCGAGAAGAAGAGCCCCGACAAGGAGGGCGACAAGAAGGAUCCCGACAAGGGGGAUAAGGCCGGCGCCUCCAAGCCGCAGCUGCCCAAAGAGGAAGACGCGGCGAAGAAGCAACCGCCCACCCCCACCGAGGAGAAGAAGCCCACGGAGCUCCAGGAGACCACGGUGCUGCUCAAGAUCCGCCUCCACUGCGACGGCUGCGCCGACCGCAUCAGACGCCGGAUAUACAAAAUAAAAGGGGUCAAGCAUGUGGAGCUGGAGGGCAAUGCCAAGGACGAGGUCAAGGUCACGGGCACCAUGGACGUCCCCGCCAUGGUGGCGUACCUGACCGAGAAGCUCAACCGCGCCGUCGAGGCCGUCGCGCCCGGCAAGAAGGACAAGGGCGCCGGCGACGAGAAGAAGGACAACAAGGGCGCCGGCGACGCCGAGAAGAAGACAGACAAAGAGGCGGGCGGCGACCACGUCGUCAUGAGCCAGGACAAGGGGAAAGGCAUCGAGGUGGCGGGCCCGUCCAUGGCGUCCGCCGCGGCCUCCGUGGCGCCCGCGCCGGUCCAGGCGAGGACGCACCACGUCUCGCCGUACGGCCAGGGGCCGUACCCGCAGCCGCAGGGGCCCCCGCCCAGCUACUACAGCCCCUACGGCGGCAAUGCCGACGGCGCGGGGUACGCCGGCGCCGGCAGCGGCGGCUACUACCAACAACAGCAGCACCCCAGCGCCAACGGCUACUACCAGCAGCAGCACCCGGGCGGCGACGCCGGCGGCUACUACCAGCAACCAAGAGAGGCCGGCGGCUACUACCAGCAGCAGCACCCCAGCGGCGGCUACUACCAGCAGGAGCACCCCAACCACCAGGCGUACCAGCCGUACCCGCCGCCCUACCACUUCGACACGGCGCCGCCCUCGCAGAUGUUCAGCGACGAGAACCCCAACUCCUGCUCCGUCAUGUGA